AUCUGGAAAUUGCGAGUUUUCGAUCUCAUUCGCUUCACGAACAAAGUCAGGUUCAUCGACGGUACUCUCGCGAAACCAGACCCUUCCUCGCCGCACUAUGAGCCAUGGAAACAAAUAAACAAUGCAACGCGAUUGUUUUGCAUUGGCUGAGUAAUUCCGUGACAGAGACGCUUCAAAACUAUGUGUUGCAAGCAGAGACUGCGCAUAAAGCGUGGGAAGAUCUCAGACGUAGAUUCGUUCCAUGUGUUGAUUUUAAGAUCUACGAGCUUCUUCAGAGACUCGCGACGCUGAGGCAAGGUGGUGACUCUGUGGGGGAGUAUUUUGGGAAACUGAGUAAAGCUUGGAUGGAGUUGUCAGAGUUUGAUCCUGUACAGGAGUGUAAGUGCGGUGGUUGCGGUUGCGAGAGUACGAAACGAGCUAAAGAGGCGAGAGAGAAAGAGCGGCGUUACGCGUUUCUGAUGGGUUUGAACAAAGAGUUUGACUAUGUGAGAAUGAAAAUUAUGAACAAGAAGAAUCCUCCGUCUGUUCACGAAGCUUAUGAGAUGGUUGUGCGUUCAGAAUCGAUCAUGAAGUGGAACAGGAGCUGAAGAAUUUAGGAAAUUGCAGGUCCAUGAUCAUAACUUUU